GAAUGAAUAGAUAACACAACAUGGUCACCACACUCCAACACACUCCUCCUCUCUUCUACCUCCAAAAUCUCUCUCUCUCUCGCCAUGGAUCCCUACAAGUACCGUCCAUCUAGUGCUUUCGAUUCACCUUUUAUGACCACAAAUUCUGGAACUCCAAUUUAUAACAAUGACUCCUCUUUGACAGUUGGAAGUAGAGGCCCGGUUCUUCUUGAAGAUUACCAUCUCGUGGAGAAGCUUGCUAAUUUCGAUCGUGAGAGAAUCCCAGAACGUGUUGUCCAUGCCAGAGGUGCCAGUGCCAAGGGGUUUUUUGAGGUUACUCAUGAUAUAUCUCAUCUUACCUGCGCUGAUUUUCUUCGAUCCCCUGGAGUUCAGACACCUGUCAUCGUUCGAUUCUCCACGGUCAUCCAUGAGCGUGGAAGCCCUGAAACCAUCAGGGACCCCAGAGGCUUUGCCACUAAAUUUUACACCAGAGAGGGAAACUUUGAUCUGGUGGGGAACAACUUCCCUGUCUUUUUUGUUCGCGAUGCGAUGAAAUUCCCAGAUGCGAUUCAUGCUUUCAAACCCAAUCCAAAAUCCCACAUUCAGGAAAACUGGAGAAUCCUUGACUUCUUCUCUCACCAUCCAGAGAGCUUGAACACUUUCACUUUCUUCUAUGAUGAUCUGGGUAUUCCACAGGAUUAUAGACACAUGGAAGGCUCUAGCGUCAGCGCCUAUACUCUAAUCAACAAGGCUGGGAAAGUACAUUACGUGAUGUUCCACUGGAAGCCAACUUGUGGUGUCAAGUGUUUGACGGACGAAGAGGCUAUUAAAAUUGGAGGAGCCAAUCACAGCCAUGCCACCCAGGAUCUCUACGAUUCAAUUGCUGCUGGUAACUAUCCAGAGUGGAAACUUUUUAUUCAGACGAUAGAUCCUGAUCAUGAAGAUAGAUUCGAUUUUGAUCCACUUGAUCUGACCAAGACCUGGCCAGAGGACAUUGUGCCCCUGCAGCCAGUGGGUCGCUUGGUAUUAAAUAAGAACAUCGAUAACUUCUUUGCGGAGAAUGAGCAGCUUGCAUUUGACCCUGGUAAUAUGGUCCCUGGGAUUUACUAUUCUGAUGACAAGAUGCUCCAGACUCGUACAUUCGCUUAUGCUGAUACUCACAGGCACCGUCUAGGGCCAAACUAUAAGCAGCUCCCAGUUAAUGCUCCAAAGUGCGCACAUCACAAUAACCACUAUGACGGUUUCAUGAAUUUCAUGCACAGGGACGACGAGGUCGAUUAUUUCCCGUCAAGAUACGAUCCUUGUCGUAAUGCUGAGAGGUACCCCAUUCCCUCUGCGAUCUUAACAGGGAGGCGUGAAAGGCGCAUCAUUGAGAAGGAGAAUAACUUUAAGGAACCAGGAGAGAGAUACCGUUCGUGGGAUCCAGCCAGACAAGAGAGAUUCAUCCGAAAAUGGGUAGAUGCUUUAUCCGAUCCCCGGGUCACUCAUGAGAUCCGUAGCAUCUGGAUUUCAUACUGUUCUCAGGCUGACAGGUCCCUUGGUCAGAAGCUCGCCUCUCGUCUCAAUGUAAGGCCAACAAUGUAAACGCAAUGAGAGUACACGAAAUCUUCCAGUUGCUGUGAGCGGAGUACUGUGUUGUUGUAUUAAUGUAAGCAGAAACUUGUGUGUGUCCUUAGCCACAAUAAUGCCUUGAAUGUAAUAAAUGACAAUUGUGCGUGCAAGUAUUGCAGUCGCCAGUAGUCUUCUCUCCACCGAGUCGUCUUUGUAUAUUAUUGCUUUGAAGAUUACAAUCAGCUGAUAAGUGGUUGUUUAUGCAAUGGAAUUUGGCUUUUCAUUUC